GAUUACAAAGAUAAAAAAUUAAAAAAAAUUUAUUCGUUAAGAUAUAUGCUCACACAUUGAAAAAAGUCGAUAAUCUUGAAGUUUUAAAUAAUCAACGAUUGAUUAAAAAAUCGUUUUUAUAUAUUGUCAAUCGGAUAAUUCACAGUUGCCAUUAAUUGAGCAAAAGUUAUUGGAGAGGGAGAAGAUACAUAGAACGAUCAGCAAGAAGCCUAAUAAAAAUACUAAAAUGAGACUAAAUGUUAGACUUAUCCGUAUUCGUGACAAGUUGGUUCUAUGUUUGAGCGCGCUUGCCAUCGUGUUCACGUUAUUGUUAGUGAUGGAUUUACAAAUGGACUUGGGCUACAGUGGCCAUCAUUUGAAUCCCAGCCAUGCUCGAGUUCGAAUCGGUGAUCUGCCGGAGACUGAUACCAUUUACAACAAUUUCCGUCGGAAAUUUCUUCAACGAGGUAACGGCAGUCGCGAACAGACUAAUAACGACGUAACGCCCAUCAUUGAAAAAUCAAAGAAAAGCGGGAUAAUGUCAUUGUCAUCAAUAAAAAAGCACGAUGAUUUUUCGGAUUUGAUGGACUUGGUAGUGAACGGGUAUGCAGUAAACGUUGAUGAAGGAGUGGCAAUAAUUAGCAGAGAGGACAGAGAAUAUAAUCCGACGAUCGGAGAAUUGAGAAAGAUGACAUUGAAAAAGAAUAGCACAACUUUGGAGAAAUUCCAUUUUCAAAUCUCGAGGUUGCAGUUAUACUCCGAAGAUUCAAAGUAUGUGGACCAAUUACUUCAUGAGAUGGCGACCAAGCCGAUUCUUCAUGUUG